AUGGAACAGGAGUUGAAUCAGUACAUCGAAUACCUCGUUGGAAUAGUACCAGAACCAAUUUAUGUUUAUGAUGACUAUGAUCUAGAAGAAGGUGAUGUUGGUAACUUUGAAUGGAAUCCGGAUCCUAGUGAUGAUAAUUCCGAGGAGCAAAACAUCAUUCCGGAAGACAAUGGAAACAACAGGGAAGGAAGACCUGUUGACAAUCGCUUCGAUGGUAUGGAGAACAAUGAGAUUACACUUAGACAUCCCGUUACGGGCAAAAAAUGGAGCUAUGACGACAACCGCCCUGGAUGGACUUAUCAAGUAAAAGGUGACAUUACGACCGAAGAAGGCUAUCAGAAGGUCUUGCAGGAGUUGAGUGAAUACCUCGGAAACCUCACUGGAAUACAACCGGGGCCAAAUUAUAUUUAUGAUAAUGCUAUAGAUUUAGAAGAAGGUGAAAUUGAUGACUUUGAAUGGUACCCGUAUCAUAGUGAUGAUAGUGAUUAUUGGGAUAGCGAUUGGGAGAAUGAUUUACAUGAUGAGUUAAAAUAA